AUGGCAAAAAAUCGAGAAGUGAUCCAAAUCCAUAUCGGCCAGUCUGGCAAUCAAAUUGGCUAUUCCUGUUGGCAGCUCUACUGUUUAGAGCAUGGUAUAUAUCCGGAUGGCACGUUGUACCAAAUUGAUUCCUGCGGAGAAGACAUGAAUGCCUUUUUCAACGUAAACAAAACUGGUAAUGUAACACCACGAGUGCUCUUUAUCGAUCUUGAAGCAAGUGUAAUUGAUGAGAUACGGCUUGGUAGCUACCGAAAACUAUUCUCCACAAAUAGCAUGGUGUUGGGACAAGAAGAUGCCUCAAGCAACUUUGCCAAAGGAAAAAUGACACGCGGGAUGGAUUGUAUCGAUUGCAUGAUGGACCGCAUAAAAAUAAUGGCAGAAAAUUGCAAUUCUUUACAGGGAUUUUUGUUGUUCAGGUCACUGGGUGGCGGUACCGGGUCGGGAUUUGGAAGUUUAAUCCUGGAAAAAUUAAAAGAAGAUUAUGAAAAAGUUCCAAGACUUGAAUUUGAUGUGUUUCCGUCUCCAAAAAUUUCACCCGUCAUUGUGGAGCCCUAUAAUGGAACCUUAGGUGUGUAUAGCGGAAUGGACACAGUGAACUGUUCGACUUUGUUGGAUAAUGAAGCAUUAUAUGAUAUUUGUGGCAAGAAACUAGGUCUCACAAACAUCAAUUAUUUCAAUCUGAAUCGUAUUAUUGCGCAAGCAGUGUCAUGUAUCACAUCAUCUCUUCGAUUCUCUGGUGACAUGAAUGUUGAUCUUGCAGAGUUUCAAACCAAUUUAGUGCCUUUUCAACGUAUUCAUUUUCCCACUGUUUCGUAUGCUCCUCUUUUACCACGUCUCACUGGAUCGAAUUAUGACAAUCUUUCAACCAUGCAAAUCACCAAUCAAGCAUUUGAUUUCCGUAAUCAUCUUGUGAAGUGUGAUCCUAAGAUUGGAAAAUAUAUGAGUUGUUGCAUGUUGUAUCGCGGUGAUAUUUGUGGCAUGGAAAUCAACAAAACCAUACAAGAAAUCAAGGAAUCCCGUAAAGAUAUGUUUGUAGACUGGAGUCCAACUAGUUUCAAAAUUGGCAUAAACAGUCAACCGCCAAUGUGUGUGCCAGGAGGAGAUUUGGCACAUUCCAAUAAAGCAGUAUGUAUGUUGUCAAAUAACACGGCCAUUCAAGGAGUAUGGCUACGAUUGCUACAAAAAUUUGACUUGCUCUUCUCAAAAAAAGCGUUUUUACAUCACUUCUUAGCGGAAGGAUUAGAAACUUCAUAUUUUGAAGAAGCGCGUGAAAGUGUUGCAACUCUCAUUGAAGACUAUAGAGAAUUCGACAGGGAGCACGGUGCAACUUCGGAUUCUCUUUUGCUACAAAAAGAUCCCCGCACACAAAAAGUGAAACCAACAAAGGGAAAAACUUAA